GACGACCGCCUCAGUUAUCCUAUUCUGGCUAUUCCAAUAUGCGAUGUCGGCAGAUAUCUCUAGCGAUCGGCCGACGAGACCCGCCCAUCAUCGCCGGUAAUAAGACGCAUUUUGCUCCCGCAGCAUUCCUGCGCGGUCUCAGAACUUGGCAGCCCUUUCGGUCUUUAAACGUAUUUUGACCGACCGGCACGGUAUUUUAUCUGCGGCCCAUAUCGUGACUUUUUCUUCUUUCUUUGUUUCUCUCCCAUUUUUCUCAUUUUUUCUCUGAUUAGUUGAAUAUGUGUUGGCUUUCAUUUUGACAUGCUCUUGAUGACUUUAUGACCUUUGGAUGGUGAAAUUUUCUCGCUGGUUGUGUAUUCAGUAUUCUGCUUCUUGGAUAUUUACGACAAAGUGAUUGGGAGCCAUGGCUGCUACGACAUUAACGACCACGACGAUGACGACAGUGACGACGGACAAGAGUAAUUGGAGGGAAAAUAAGGCCUUGGUGUGGAUUUGGAAGGGGGUCGAGUUUGUGGCGGCGCAGUGGUUGCUCAUUGGAUUCGGCGUGGCAUGUGUGCUUGGAUGCUUCUUCCCACAUGUCGCAGAACAUGGGGGUGUCAUAAGAUCAGAGUAUAGCAUCCUAUAUGGUGCUGUAGCAAUCAUAUUUCUGAUCAACGGACUACAGCUCCCUCCGGAUAAGUUGAAGCAGAACCUGACAAACUGGAGGCUGCAUAUCAUGGUUCAGGGCUGCAGUUUUGUGAUUAUUCCCGUGAUUAUGCUGGCCUUUGUACACAUCUGUCUCGCUGCUGGCGCUCUACGGCACGGCACUCCUUCUAUCCCCAUCAUCCUCGGCAUGCUUGCCACAGCCUGCCUCCCUACCACAAUCGCCUCCAACGUCGUCAUGACACGCUCAGCAGGAGGCGAUGAAGCUGCGGCCGUCAUCUCCGUCGUCAUUGGCAACACACUCGGCUCAUUCCUCACGCCAAUCUUGAUAUACGGCUUCAUACCGCGCGAUUCCGUCUUUGACAACUGGCGACCUGCGGACCCGAGUACCCUGGGCGACAUGUAUGCCAACGUGGCCAAGCAGCUUGGCUUGAGCGUCUUGUUACCCCUGGCAGUGGGACAGGCGGUGAGGUGGUGGAAGGGGGAUCUUGUGGCAAAGGUGCUGAGGGUGACGAUGUUGGGGAAGCUACCGGCCGUUUGCCUGAUACUGCUAGUAUGGACUACAUUUUCAGGCGCAUUCGGCACUGGAGCGCUCUACAAGCUAUCUAAAGAAGACGUCAUUUUCAACGUCUUCAUUAAUAUCGGCCUCUAUAUUAUCUUCACCCUCAUCUGCUUCUACCUCGCUCGUCCACCCGCCUUUCUCGCCACAUACGUCAACCCUCAUGUCAAGGAUUCUCGCCUGCCCGAACGCGUCAAACGUAUAAUCUCGGUUAAGAAGAUGUCUAAAGAGCAGACCAUUGCUGUGUGCUUUUGCGGAGCGGCCAAAACGACGAGUUUGGGUAUUCCUUUGGUAACGUCCAUGUGGACCCAGGCGGAUGAUUUGACAAGGGCGUUUAUCACGAUUCCGGUUUUGCUUUAUACAAUCGAGCAGGUCUUUAUGGCUCAAGGUUUAGUUUAUUAUUUUAGAUGGUAUUUACGACGCGAUCGAAAACCAGGUGCUGGUAAUGUAGGAGUUAUUGACGAGGAGCAGCCUGCAUCGACAGGAGAUCACGAAAGCGAUAUUACGGCUCAUGAUAAUGAUGAUAAUGAGGAAGAAAGAGUGCCGGUAGAAAGGGUUGAAGAGAAGGACACUGUGAAAAGCGGAUAGAGGGGU